UCAACCGCCAGGGGCGGCCCCACCUGUUCCUAAGAGGAGGACGAGACCGAUAGGGGCGGUGCAGGGUGAUUCAAACCCGGUGGCUAAACCACCGGGGGCGGUUCAUUCUGCGCGGCCGCCCCCAUCUACUCGACCGAAGCACUCGCCAGGAGCGGCCCGGGGGGGGGGGCAAAGCUGUCAGCUCCACUGACAGUGGCGGCCCCUCCUGUAGACGUACCAACGCAGAUGGAGACGGGACACCCCCCAGCCAGCCCAUCAGCGCCUCCGGCAGUUGUUGCUGUUCCAGCGGCGGUCCAGCGGGAAUCCAAGAGGAGGAAGGUGUCGGCGGUCACCAUACCAAAGACCAAACCGAUUGGAUUCUCGUCUGUGACCAGCUGUCAUCAAGGUACCGGGGAGCGGUUAUCGGCGACUUUACCGACUGCACGCACCUUAAGGGUCCUUGGAAAGAAGAUCAUUGGCGCCAACUUCCAACCGGACAAGGGAAGUGCCAGUUACAGGCAGCCUUACACUCGGACCAACUGUAUGUGACGGCACAGCAGGACGGACUGUACAGGCAGGGACUCCUGAUGCCAUCGAUGUCCAACGCGACCAUUCAUCGCAUCCUGAAGAUGGUACUGCGGGACAUCUAUCCAGAAGCCAUCGACAGAAACAUCGCGAUGUUGACUGAAGGACUCCCCAACUUCAGGCCUGAGCAGUCCAUCACUCUCGCCAUGAGUCCUGCGACGCCAACCUUAACUAGGACAGAAAACAGCUGGACCUACAAUGGAGUUCUAGGUUCCAGUCAUUGGCACGUGGACUUCCCCGCGUGCGGUGGGAACAGGCAGUCUCCAAUCAACAUAGACCUUUCUAAAGUGAUAGUCAAUCAAAGUCUGUCUAGUUUUGACCUCACCGACCUCCACAAGAUCGAGGGGAUCGAAAUGAAAAUGGAAAAUGUUCUCGGUCACACCGUCGAAGUUGAUGUGUCAGGUGCUAGCCAGUACGUAUUUGGAGGAGGUCUGCAGGGGCGAUACAAAGUAGAACAGUUCCACUUCCACUGGGGGUCAAUCGAUGCAAGGGGUUCAGAACAUUCCAUCAACAGCAGGCUUCACCCAGGGGAGAUGCACAUUGUUCUGUUCUCCGUUAAUUACCCGGAUAUCAAAACAGCGCUAACGAAACAAGAUGGCGUCGCAGUUUUGGGUUUUUUCUUUAAGAUUGGAGAACACAAUACACACUUUGACUACAUUUUGAGCCAUUUUGUGAACAUAUCUCACAGUGGUAAAACCCAGGAACUAGAGGCAUUUUCGAUCAGGACUCUACUCCCCCCUUGGCCCAAGACGUUUUACCGGUAUGUGGGAAGUCUGACAACUCCACCGUGUUCUGAGACGGUCGUUUGGACGCUCUUCAAAGAGGAGAUAGAAAUAUCCGAACAACAGCUGGAAAAAUUUCGACAUAUCAAGAGAAACAAACUUGGAGAGAUCGAUGAAGAUUUGACUGACGACUUCCGCCCACUUCAGAGGCUGUAUGGAAGAAAGAUUACAACCAAUAACCUGGCUGGACUAACGGAAAGUGUCACUGGGCAUGCGUGUCAGUGUGCGACUCACUUGCUGCUGAUUGUUUUUGCCUUCUGUCUACUUCAAAUGAUAUAGAUGUUAUGAGAUGAUAUUGCAUUGUUGCAUUUCGUCAGAAUUUACCUGGAAUUAAAGAUGAGAUCAUCAUCACAUCAUCAUCAUCACCAUAACCAUCACAAUCAUCAUAAUCAUCAUCAUUAUCAGCAGCAGCAGCAGCAGCAGCAGCAACAGCAGCAUCAUGAUCAUCAUUACCAUAACCAUCAUCAUCACCAUAACCAUCAUCAUAAGCAUUAUCAUCAUCAUCAUUAUCAUCAUCAUCAGUGACAUUGACUGAAGUCAUCAUCACCAUUAUCACCAUUAUCAUCAUCAUCAUCAUCAUCAUCAGUGAUAUGUCAAACAAUAUGAUUUCACCAUAGUCAGAUAUGAUGAUGUACUGUACAUGAUGAUGAUGCUGCUGAUGAUGAUCACCAUAAUCAUCGUCUUCGUCCUUGUUAUGGACUGAAAUCUCUGUCGGUGUCCGAGAUCAGUCACGCACCCACGCAGGCAAUCAUGUUCGUAUGCACGUAGAUAAAACAUACUUACAUACACGUUAGGUUGAAAGGCAACGUCAACUUGCAUAAUUAUGGUAGGCCCUACAAGACAGGAGACAGGACUUUAUUUACACUUGAAUACAGCAACAACAAAGUUGUAUCUGAAUCCCAAAGUAUGUAAUGUGUGCAGUCUAUUUGACGUGUUUUACUAAGAGUUGCUUCCCUUUUUUGACAUGUUAUAUUACUGUUGCGCUAUUUCAAAUUCUAGGUGGCUAACGCAAGACAUGACCUUAGCGGUAGCCCGGAGUGUUCUGGCUAUCGAUUUCUCACUCGGGACUACCAGUUAGUGACGUCUUAUUAGUCCCCUACAAGUCCAACCAGAGGGGACUAUAGGUUUCAUUUCAGGCCUUCUGUCUGUCUGUAUAGCUGUCUGUAUAUCUGUCCACCCGUCCGUCCCACAUUUUCAAGAUGUUUUGUUUUCACAAUACCUUGAGAUACUGAAUUGAAAUUGUGCGUAUACCUUUAUCAUGUACCGUUACAUACCAAGUUUGACGUUCAUUGCCAUUUAUCCUAUUUUGACAGUUAUGGCCCUUGAAUUUUGGAGAUACGCAAAUUUGUUGGGCCCAUUAGGGGACUCUCAGAAUACUUGUUAUUAUUUAUUCAUUAUUAUUAACUUUUGUUACUGCUUUCCUGCUGUGGCAGAAAUUAAACGUGUUUUAGGUUUAAAUAAUACGUAGGUAAAGUUUGUGUGUUUAUUUGUAUACGUAUGACAAUCGGACCACUUCCAUUAUCAUUAACGCUAGUUAGUGUUCACCGGCGUGUAUUUCUGUUGUAUUUUGUAGCUUCAUAAGUUAAAAGUCAAUAAAGAAUGUUCAACAAA